CUCGACAAGAAGCUCGCUUUUGCUUCACUCUGAUUAUAGGCCUUGGAGGCCCUUCGGUCAAGAUGUCCGCCCUUCUAGGAUCAGCAUAUGACUCGAGCGACGACGAAAGGAGUCCUGCGGAGCGCCCUCCUCCUUCCAAAGAGGCAGCAGUGAACGCGGCUCCAGACGUCUCGACAGAGGAUGUGUCGCAAAUGCAAGUCAUGUUGGCGAACCCUUCUAGCAACGCCCUCACCUAUAAUGUCACUUACGACAAUCUUGCCCGCCCCUCCCAGGGACCCUCGAAUCCCUUCAAGUCGACGGCUGGCAACGCCCUGAAGCGCAAGAACGUGCUCACCGGAAACGCAGAGGAGACGUCCAUGUCGGAAGCCGCCUUCAAGACGCAACACAGGACGUAUCAGAGUCUCGGCUACACCAAGGAUCCCACGAUGAACGGGGCUUUUGUGGGCAAUCAGUCCGCUGUUGCGAAAUAUGGCGGAAAGGAUAUUGUCCAGUUGCGCUACUCCAAGGAAGAAAGUGCCGCGAUCCGAGCCAAGAGGCAGAAGAAAGGGGACAGCAAGAUAGUCGACGGAGAAGGCGCAUACCUCGGACCCUGGGCAAAAUAUCAAAGUGACGACGUGGCCUACGAACAAGCCGAAGCCGCGGCGGAUCAAGAACUUGGCUCUGACGAGGAAUGGGUGGAGGAAGGUAUUGUUCCCACACCGCUCCCUGCGCCACCGAAGGAGGCCACUGGCUACGCAGACGAUUUGAAUGGCGCAGAGACGACCGAGUUCCAUGGCGAUUCAGAAUUCGACUACCAAGGACGGACGUACAUGCACGUGCCUCAGGAUCUGGAUAUCGACCUGCGCAAGGAACCGGGUUCGAUACAAAAUUACGUGCCGAAGAAGCUCAUACAUGUCUACAAGUACCACACGAAACCAAUCACGUCCCUGCGGUUCAUCCCCAGAUCAUCGCACCUCCUCUUAUCCUCCUCGGCGGACGCUAAACUUGCACUGUGGGACGCUCAUCACGACCGGACCCUGCUCCGCACAUUUUCGGGUCACAGCAAGGCGAUUACAGACACCGAUUUCCACCCCACAGGGCGAUCGUUUUUGUCGGCGUCGUAUGACCGCCAGAUGAAGCUUUGGGACACCGAGACCGGAAAAUGCAUAUCUCGGUUCACGACCGGUAAAACGCCACAUACACUGCGUUUCCAUCCGGAAGGCAACGAGUUCAUCGCCGGCAUGGCGGACAAGAAGAUUGUCCAAUUUGACGUGCGGUCUGGUGAACUGACGCAAGAAUACGACCACCAUCUCGGCCCCAUCAACACCCUCACAUUUGUCGACGAGGGACGGAGGUUCAUCUCGACUUCCGACGACAAAUCCCUCCGCGCUUGGGAGUAUGGUAUUCCAGUUCCCAUCAAGUUCAUAGCGGAUCCGUCCAUGUACGCACUUGUGCGAGCCGCGCCUCAUCCUUCUGGAAAGUACGUCGCGUUCCAAUCUGCCGACAACCAGAUUGUUGUGUAUGCCGCGGGCGACAAAUUCCGACAGAACCGCAAGAAGGGGUUCAGAGGAAUGAACACCAGCGGCUAUGCGAUUGAUGUGGCCAUAUCCCCGGACGGCGGAAUCGUCUCAAGUGGUGAUUCUGGCGGGUUUGUGUGCUUUUGGGACUGGAAAACGGGAAAGAUGUGGCACAAGAUUCAAGCCGGAGGGGAAGGUAUGGGUGCGGUCACAUGCGUGGCGUGGCAUCAGCAGGAGAGUAGUAAAGUUGCGACGGGCGGACUGGAUGGAAUGAUCAGAUAUUGGGACUGAAGGACCAGGAGAGCCCGGGCGAGCCAUUUCGGCGGCCCCCAAAGACCUCGCCUGGGUGGUGGAAACACCAAUCAGGCACCACAUAACUCGAAUUUUGGCACCCUCUGCAGUGCAUGGGCUUAUGUCUAAAGCGAUCUGCAAUGCUUGAGGGAGCAAGCCAGUGGCGCUUACCACUUCCUUCGCGUUGUUGCUCCGCGAAAUGCGAAUCUUUGGACCUUCCGGAGAAGCUGUGAUCAGUCCCACAGUCUGGCGCACGCUUGCAGAGGCGACUCUUUCAUUACUGUCCACGUCAAGCUGCGCUAGCCGAUUUGAUGGACAACACUGGCGAGGCGGUAGCUAGUGGCGACCAGACCAAUGCAGUUCAAAUGACUUGCCAGCGCGCUUCGGAUCUCCAGGUAUUUCGUGCCAUGCCUGGGCUGUCUACUUCCCAGGGGAGAGAGCCAGCAGGACAGGCCAGGUGCCGCCGUCACGUGUGGAAGGUCCAGGAAGGGAAGACCAGCUAUGUGCCAGAUACAUAGUCGAACAGGCGACUUAUAUUGAUGGUCUUACAAUGACCUGGUGUUUUGACGCUCCGUAUAAUGAUACACCCCGCCAGACACGGCCAUACCCUCAUCUAUCUUCUCAAAGC